UGCACUGUGGAGUGAGAACUCACAUGACGGUGCUGGGUAUGGCAGGCAUCCCGAUCACUUGGGGUAAGAGUUUAGACGAGUGGUGGCCAGCUGCUCUCCCUGGCCACCCAGACCUUGUUGGGAGAGCCACUGCUGACUCUUAUAAGUCCAAAAACCGGAUUAUCUCAACAGUCCAGCGACAGGAGGUGGAAUCCCUCUGACUGACUUUCCAGCAGUCUCGCUGCUGCUGCGCUUCUGCAAGCGGAGGAGCUCCAAGGUCAUCAGGAAAGAUGUUUUUUGUGGCAGGGGCCAGAAAUGCCGCAGAGUCGGGAAAAGAAAACGAGAGGAGGUCGAUUUACCAGAAGUUUCGAGAGGUGGAUGUUUUGGACAAGAAGAAAACGGUGACGGCUCUCAAACCCGGAGAAGACCGAGCCAUUCUCCUUGGACUCGGGAUGAUCCUGUGUUCAAUCAUGAUGUAUUUUGUGUUGGGCAUCUCCGUUUUACGCUCGUGUGCAGACAGUGUGUGGACAGAGGAAGGGACGUGUGUUGUCAUCAACUCCACGGUCACCGGCGACAUGAACUGUUCAUACAGUUGCGGGUCAGACUGCUGGAGGGUGUCCAGGUUCCCCUGUCUGCAGGUGUACGUGAGCGUCAACAACACGGGUCGAAUCGGCCGUCUGUCGCACAACGAAGAGACGCAGGACGCCAACUCUGAGUGUGUCUACGUCCCCCGGUGCCAGAAGGACAGCGCGGCCAUGCGCGCCGUCAUCGUCAACAUCUCCCAACACCUGAAGACCAACCAGCACGUCUCCUGCUACUACGACCCCAGCGAGCAGCAGGACACGGUCCUGCUGACCCGGCUCUACGACCACGGCGCUGUCUUCCACACCCUGCUGUGGCCCUCGUGCACGCUCACGGUGGGGGCCCUCAUCAUCGUCAUGGUGAAGCUCACGCAGUACCUCUCCAGGCUUUGCGAGGAGAUAGGGAAGAUCAAGAGGUGAAUCACGUGCGGCGGCUCUAAAGGUCACGAAUGUUGGGUGAUCGACAUCUGACAUGUAAAGAAGAUUUUUUAUUUAUUUAUAUUAAUCUUUAGCAAACUUUGCCGUGACCUUUGGGAGACUUCCCUCCAGGGCCGGGGUUCUGAAAACUUCCACCCCGCAGCAGCGAGGAUGUAGCUUGUUUAUAGAAGCGGACUGGAUGUUCCUGGCCGGAAGCUGACAGACAUGGAACUGGCUGUUCCUGAUAAAACAAGAGAUUUUUAUUUUGCCUGGUUUUUAUAAAGCUUUGUAACGCAUCUGAGAGGAUGUGUUCAAUCCAAGCACUGCGUGAGAUUUUAGGGGGGAAAAAAAGUGCUGGAGUGACCAGAGUUUUCUCCAGCUGCACUGAGUAGGAUAACAAUGCGCUGCUCUCACCCCUCCUGUUUCUUUGCUCUGCCACUCACGCGUUGGAAGCUAAAGGAGUCCCACCCAUCACUCAUUCAGACAAGAGACAUCCUGAGACCGGAGCUUUUCAAAGUGAAGAUGUGUUGUUUUUCACUCAAGGUUAUCCUCAGAAUCUCAUUCCAGGAUAUGCCUACUUGACUGCUCUGACAUGUAAGAGAAUGAAACAUUAAAGUAUCGUUGAGGUACUUCCUGAUGGUUUACUGAGGUCUCAUCAGCGCUUUCACAUCCAAGUACGAUGGAUAGCACAGCAGAUGAGAGAAAACAACUUUAAAUCACUGACCUGCCUCAACGGGGCAGUGUUUAUCAAACGCCUUGUUGCAGAUUUGUUUUUUGGGUUUUGAAUUUAACAAAACUAAAAGUAUUUAAACAACAGAA